AAAAGUCUCUUGGAUGGAACCGUGGAUCUGGACGAGAGACGCCUCAUCCGUUCAGCCAUUCGCGAGUUGAGGAGAAGAGAGAUCGAGGACAUGGAGGCUGCACUGGCCAGCAAGAGGUUUCGCCACACACGACUCAAACAGGAGGACAAGGAAAACCAGCACAGGUCAGACUCCAGCGAGUCCUUGGAGGUCUUAUCGCAUAAGCUAAAAGCAAUCAGAGAUGUCGACGAGCUCACCAAGAUGCUACGUGCCGCCGGCGAAUAUGAAGAGAGGAAGCUGAUUAGAGCAGCAAUUCGACAAAUCCGAGAAGAGCAACAGCAAGGGACAGUGGAGAGGUUUAAAGCCUCUGGUCGCGGCCUGGAGACAGAUCGUCUGGAGCCCCAAAUUUUCAAGGGGUCUGUGCGGAGAGAGCAAGAUUGUGAUCAAGACCACAUCAAAUCUCAGAUCCGGGAGUUGCGUGGGCAGCAAACAAACCAAAGCCGAGAGUUACAGAGACUAGGCUCCAACUCAGGCAUGGUACUCGUUCUUGACCACCUGGUGAAAGGGGAUGGCUCUGGACCUCUGCUGAUCCAGCCACAACGAGAAGCAGUGGCCUCAGAGCCUGAUUUGAUCCUGUCCCACCGUCAUAGGUCUGAUUCUGCUGCUUCGGACUGCAGCGUGGCCUCAUUAGUUUCCAGAUCCAACAUGGAUUCUGUGGUUGAAGAAAACAGCCUGAGCUCGACCUACAGGACCCGUUCGGACUCUGGAUCCUCGGAGAGAAGCCAGCGCUCCUCUCAGCACAGCAGACAAGACUCUGGAACAUCAGAGCCUUGUAUUGAAUCUCAGUCUUUCAGCAAUCAGACACUUGGCACAGAUGUCUCUGAUUCUUGUGUCGGGCUCACUUUGGGUUCUGAAAAUUCUAACAGCAAUGAUUUGUCAAGAAACUGCAAUGACUCUCGAACGUCAGAUUGCAGUGUGAUCAUGUCUCUUGACGAGACGUCUCCGGCAGAUGAGGCGGAGGUGGACACAGAUGGCUCACCUUGCUGUUCCAAUUUAGAAACCGAAACUAUUAGCGUCCAAUGUCUGUCCAGCCAGGACCACCAGUUCGACCAGGACCUUGUGGACGGAUCUGUCUUGUCUCGCAGAGCUCUUGAAACCAGCCCGGUCAAUGGUAGUGCAGAGGGAAAGCUGGAUUUCCUGAGACAAAAGAUAGCAGCAUGUGAUUCAACCCUGACUCAUGACAAGGAAGCUGCACCACAAAAGCUAGAUGCUCCUUUGGAACAGUCCAAGCGCACCAACUCAGUACGUGAUCGGAUGCGCAAGUUCAACGAGCCCAGUCAGAACAUAAUUUUCUCAUCUUUGAAGAAGGCUCCCCUGAGUAGCAGUGGCCAGACAAACUUCUCCAGAGCCACGGAACUGUUUACUCCCACAGCGACAUCCCUCAUCUCCUCUGGCACAAGGCCAACAUGGUCGCGCAUAGACUCUGCAGCUCACACCUCUGCCGCAUCCAAGAGUCAGGCCACACCUCAACUAAGAGGCGUGGCUAACAAACCUCUGUCUUCUACCGGCCAAUCCCAGCAGUCCAUGGGUGGUACGAAGCACACGAGUGAAAAGAAUGGGUCCGUCUUAGGAGAUUCAAAUGAAGACCAGACCCCAGGGACAGAGACUGGACAGCAGUGCACCCAAGAAGAAGCCGACCCAGACAUGAAGACAUUCCUCACCAUUGAGAUCAAAGAUGGACGUGCUGCAUCCUCCCAAAGGGGCAACCUUGUACCCAUCAGCAACAUGACCCCGCGCAUCACAACUAAUGCUCUUGGGCAGAGAACAGAGCUGACCCUUGGCCUUAGAGCUUCACCAUUCAAGAUUUCCUCUUCCUCCAGUUUCCUAUCUGGAUCCUCCAUUAAGAUGGAGACGGAGCCUAUCACCACCUCAGAGCCGAUGUUUUCAUCCGGGCCCUCAGUUCAAGUACACAUCCCCACCGUCCCAAAUGGUUCUACAAUCCAGGCCAGUGCUGAGGACUGUCCUGCAAAACUGACUGGUGACCAGUUGGCUGCCAUUGAGGAUGAAGAGCUCCUUGAUAAAAUGCUUGAUGAGUCGAAAGAUUUUGAGGAGAGGAAAAUGAUCCGUGCAGCCAUGAGGGACCUUCGUAAGAAAAAGAGAGAGGCCAUGUUGGGAUGUACUCAAGAAGAAAUAGGUAGGACAGACCAGAGAGAAAAAGAACGCGAGACUCGUCUACAAGAGCUCCGGCAGCAAAGAGACGAGCGUUCUAACAAAAGUCGUGCCGGUGUUGGAGCAGGAGAAGUGGUGAUGAGGAAGGUGGAGAAGUCUGCAGAUGGGUCCACCCUUAGCCAAGUCACCAAGACAGACCGUUUUGCCCAGUCUGAUGAUGGGAGCAGAUCAUCUCGCAGCACUGUUGUUGAGGCCAGCUAUGUGCAGAAAACGGACAGAGGAACAGUCCAGUCUAAAUCCUAUAGCUAUACAUCUUCAUCGUCCUCAAAUACAAGCAAAAAAGUAGGCAGUGUGUUUGAUCGCGAGGACGAGUCAUCGUCUCGCAGCGGCGGGUUAGCCGCGGUGGAGCGAAGGCAGGCCGAGAGGCGCAAGGAGCUGAUGAGGGCACAGACUUUGCCCAAGACUUCAGCCAUGCAGGCCCGCAAAGCCAUGAUAGAGAAGCUGGAGAAGGAGGGAGGCGGCCCGGGACAGGGAGUUUCCAAAAUAAACAAAGUGCAACGUUCCACCAGCUUUGGCGUACCUAACGCUAACUCCAUCAAGCAGAUGCUGCUCGACUGGUGCCGUGCCAAGACCCGCUCAUAUGAGCAUGUGGAUAUACAAAACUUUUCAUCCAGCUGGAGUGACGGCAUGGCAUUCUGUGCACUGGUGCACAAUUUCUUUCCCGAGGCCUUCGACUACAGCGCCCUGAGUCCCAGCAACCGCAGGCAAAACUUUGAGGUGGCCUUCAGUAAUGCAGAGACAUUCGCCAAUUGCAUGCCUCUGCUGGAAGUGGAGGACAUGAUGAUCAUGGGAAACAAACCCGACUCCAAGUGUGUCUUCACCUACGUGCAGUCUCUGGUCAACCACCUGCGCAGGCACGAGAUGGCCAUGGGUCGGCCUUCUGACCUUUGA